GGGCCGACACCAUGAGUGAGACGAGCUCCAUCAGCAUAGAGGCCACAACCGACAGCAGAGACACCUCAGUGGCCACCUCCAUCCUGCUGCCCUUCCCAGCCAGCCGUGGCCGGGAGGAGGUGGACAACCGCAGUGAGCACAGCUACAGCGAGUAAGGAGCCAGCGGCUCCUCCUUCGAGGAGCUGGACCUGGAGGUCACUGGGGAUGGGGAGGGAGCCUCAGGCCUGCUGCCCGACAUGGGCUACACGGGCAACCAGGAGGUCACAGACAAGUGGACCAAGGAGCCCAUUGCUGCCGAGAGAGGAGAAGAGUGA